UUCAGCUCAAGUUCCAACACACAGUGCGUGUUUGUAGCCAUUAGCAAGCCACCCAGUCUCAUAAAGGCUAAGCCCAGCACCUGCUGCUGGUGUCGUUAGUGUAGAGAUCUCCUCUCUAUCUCCCUCACCACUUGCUAUGCAGGCAGCCGGCUCCUCUAGCAGACCUAAGGCAGGUCAAAAGCGAAGCCUCCCAACAGGUGGAGAUCAAUCCACCGCCUCCUCCUCCCAGCCCAUGGCGGCCAUGGUGCGUGAGGAAGGCUACUCUAGUUCAGACUCCUCUUCAGACAGUAGCUCUUCAACCAGCAGUUCCUCCACUAGUGAUGGAAGCAGCUCUUCCGAACCUCCCGGAGCCAUCAGUGAAGACUCUACCAAUGCUGCUAGUCUUGAUAGUGUUUUUGAGGAGGACGACUUUGGAAAGUUCUUCCCAGUAUCCUGUGCUGAUAACGAAGCUCGUUUAUACAUGAAACGAUUUGCCCGAGGUAGCGUUGGAAAGUGUAUCCUUUUCAAAGGGAAAUGGUGCACUCCGAACGAGUUCCAAUCAAUAUCGGGACGAAAGAGCUCAAAGGACUGGAAGAGGAGCAUUCGACUAGGAGGCCGCAUCUUAAAAGAGUACAUCACCCAAGGACUCUUUGAGGAACACUCGAAACUCUGCUCUUGUAAGAUCUGUUCCGGUAGCGACGUUGACAUGCUAAAGCAAGAGGGAGAAAUGGCACUGGCUGCAAAAAGAAGGAGACUAAGUCAAGCAGAUUCUCAUCCUCACGUUCCUCCUCCACCACUACUAGGGGGACGAUCGGCUCAAGUCUCUUCUCCUCUUGUGGAAUCCGAGGCUAAGACCGAGAGUAGUAAUUCAAAGGCUGGGAAGACAAGAGCAAAGAAAGGUCAGGAGGAGGCAUCUGAUGGUAAGAUGAAAGGGAACUCUUCUACUAGUCCUAGUAAAAUAUGGUCACCCAGUGGAGAAACAGCUUUAGGUGGAUCUAGUAGUAACGAGGAGGAGGAGUAUCAACCACAAGAGGUCUCCACAGCCACUGGACAGGACAUACCUCCUUCCACUGCUGUAGUAGAUUCAUCAGACUUCAUACCCAGGAGAUCAAGAAGGAGCACUCAUCGCAAACACGUCGGCCAUAGAACGGAGCUAGGCACCUUUACCCACAAGCCCUCCCAAUGGGACGCAGAAGAGGUAUCUCAGUUCCUCCAGCUCCAAGGAUAUGGCCAGUACUCCGAGUCUUUCUCAAACAACGAGAUCGACGGACAGAGCAUGUUCCUACUACGUGAGCAUCACCUCAUGGAGAGGUUCCAGAUGAAACUAGGACCAGCCCUCACUUUAAUUAACAUCAUCAGUCGCCUUAGACACCCGCCCACAAGUUGAAACUAUUUUCUGUAUAAAAGCCACACCAACCCAAAUAGUACAUUUUCUUUCUUUCACUAAAACCUUUUCUCUCUCUUCCUCCCUCUCUCUCUAACAGCCAAUCUUGACACUGUACACGUAUAAUUAUUACAGGUCCUACUAAAAAAGGAGCAUGUUUACUUGUAUGAAACGAGAGUUUUGAAAUAAUGUGGUACAAAUGCAGUAUCCCACCAACCAGCAACAUGUGUUUUAUGUAAUUUAUUAUUAUUAUUAUUAUUAUUAUUAUUAUUAAUAUGGAAAGUUUUUUUUCUUAUACAGAUUGUCACUUUGAUGUAUGCCUUAUGAUUUUUGUUACCACUGCACUGUACAUGUAUAUUGUUUUAUGAUGAUGAUGCUCUUGUUUUAUACAAUAAUGUUACAUUUGUCAUUGCAA